AUGAGGUGCCGCCGCAUGAUGAACUGGCCGAGCAGAUGGAGCAGGCCUAUGUAAAAGAUCCAAAAUUCCGUGUUCUGUUGGAUCGCAAAUACAAAUCCCUACUUGAUGGCUAUACCAACGAUAUAAAUAAAACCUGUCUACCUGGCGGUCUUAUAACCAAGUUUCCUUCAAACAAUCUCCAACUGAUGGUUCUAUCUGGAGCUAAGGGGUCUAUGGUCAACACUAUGCAGAUCUCUUGUCUGUUGGGACAAAUUGAAUUGGAGGGCAAACGUCCACCUUUAAUGAUUUCUGGGAAAUCUUUGCCCAGUUUCCCCUCGUUUGAGACAUCACCCAAGUCCGGUGGCUUCAUAGACGGUAGAUUUAUGACUGGCAUUCAACCGCAGGACUUUUUCUUCCAUUGCAUGGCAGGACGAGAAGGUCUCAUUGAUACUGCCGUAAAAACCUCUCGUUCAGGUUAUCUCCAACGUUGUCUGAUUAAGCAUCUGGAGGGAUUGAGUAUCCAUUAUGAUCUGACUGUGCGUGAUAGUGAUAACAGCGUGGUUCAGUUUCUCUAUGGCGAAGAUGGUCUCGAUAUACUUAAAUCGAAAUUCUUCAGUGAUAAAUUCUGUGCUGAUUUUCUAACCCAAAAUGCCAAGGCAAUAUUGCGCCCGAGUCAGUUGGCGAUGAUGCGAGAUGAGGAAUGCUUGGCCCAAGUGCAACGACAUGAAAAGCAUAUACGCAGUUGGAAGAAAAAGAAACCCAAUAAACUGAGGGCUGCCUUUACUCACUUUUCCGAAGAGCUGCGAGAGGAAGUCGAAGUGAAGCGACCCAAUGAAUUGAAUACUAAAACGGGAAGGCGACGCUUUGACGAGGGCCUCCUUAAGCUCUGGAAAAAGGCUGAUGCUGAAGAUAAAGCCUUGUAUCGCAAGAAAUAUGCUCGUUGUCCAGAUCCCGCUGUGGCAGUAUAUAAGCAGGAUCUCUAUUAUGGCUCAGUUUCGGAACGGACACGUAAAUUGAUUGAGGAUUAUGCACGCCAAAAGCCCCAACAAAAGCAGAACAUUGCCGACAUAAUGCACAUCAAGAGCAUCAAGGCAUUGGCAUCGCCUGGUGAGCCAGUGGGAUUGUUGGCUGCCCAAUCUAUUGGUGAACCCUCCACUCAGAUGACGCUCAAUACCUUCCAUUUUGCUGGUCGUGGUGAGAUGAACGUGACUUUGGGUAUUCCCCGACUGCGUGAAAUUCUCAUGUUGGCCUCGUCCAACAUCAAGACUCCCUCGAUGGACAUACCCAUUAAGGCGGGUCAACAACAUCAGGCAGAGAAGUUGCGUAUUGGUCUUAAUUGUGUGACCAUAAGCAAUCUUUUAGAGUCUGUCACAAUUAACACUAGCCUCAAUUUGGAACCUGAACGGGCAUAUGUCUAUGACUUGCAGUUCAAGUUCCUGCCACGCGAAGUCUACAAAGAGGAUUAUGGAGUGCGACCCAAACGCAUUAUCAAGUACAUGCAUCAGACCUUUUUUAAGCAACUCAUACGGGCCAUACUCAAGGUGUCUAAUGCCAAGAAGACUUCCAAAAUAAUUGAGAUUGAUGAUAAAAAAGAAGGAGGCGGCAAACAGGAUGAAGAUGACCACGAUUUGGACAAUGCUGACGAUGUGAACGCACAAAAGGCCAUGCCAGAUAAUGAUGAUGAUUCUUCAGAUGAUGGGGGUGACGAUGAUGCCACUGGGGUGAAAUUGAAACAACGUAAAACCGAUGAAAAGGACUAUGAUGAUCCUGAUGAUGUUGAGGAACUGCAAGAUGCCAAUGAGGACGAUGAAGGCCAGGAUGAGGACGAAGAAGAUGAGGAAAGAAAUGAUCAAGACAAUGGCAAUGAGAAUGCCGAAGUAGAUGACAAAUCUGUGGAAAAAUUACUGAGCAACCAAAUGGUGCAGGACUAUACAUAUGACAAGGAGCACUAUUUGUGGUGCCGAGUGAAGCUUAGUUUGAGUGUACGUUAUCAGAAACCCGAUCUGACCUCCAUCAUCCGUGAAUUGGCUGGCAAGAGUGUGGUCCAUCAGGUGCAGAACAUAAAGCGCGCCAUUAUAUACAAGGGCAACGAUGAUGAACAACUUUUGAAAACUGAUGGCAUCAACAUUGGCGAAAUGUUCCAAUACAAUAAGAUCUUGGAUCUGAAUCGAUUGUAUUCCAAUGACAUACAUGCCAUUGCCAGGACCUAUGGUAUUGAGGCUGCCGCCCAGGUUAUUGUGAAGGAAGUUAGCAAUGUGUUCAAGGUCUAUGGCAUCACGGUGGAUCGCCGGCACUUGUCGCUAAUUGCCGAUUAUAUGACAUUUGAUGGUACUUUCCAACCUUUGUCUCGUAAGGGCAUGGAACACUCGUCGUCGCCGCUGCAACAGAUGUCGUUUGAGUCCAGUUUGCAGUUUUUGCGAAGCGCUGCUGGUUUCGGCCGACCAGAUGAGCUCAAUUCCCCAUCAAGCCGCCUAAUGGUGGGUCUGCCCGUACGAAAUGGGACUGGAGCAUUUGAGUUGCUAACAAAAAUAUGUUAAUUCAAUUGUAAAUUGUUGUCAAUUGUUUAAACUUCUCUUUUUAAUAAUAAUAAUAAACGGUUUUCAUCCGAUAACGAG